AUGAAGGAUCAGCCUAGGGCAUUAGAAGAAAUGAAUUACAGCUCUGAAGUCAAGGACGCAGGUGGAAUUUUAAAAUCUGGGUCAAUUGGCCAUAAACGUGGAAGUGAGGAAAUCCACCUUCCUGCUGUUUCAGAAAUCGGUGAAGCUGAUGAAAAAACAUUCAACACGUUAAUUGAUAAAAAUGAGGUUAUUAUUGCAUAUCCAGCUGAAGCACUCUUGAAAGUAAAAGUUAUAUCUGUCAUUUUUGACAAUUUACAUGGCUGGAUAAUAAGCUUUCCUUUCUGUUUGUAUUUAAGACUUCUUACAGAAAGGAAUGCUAAAAACAAUCCUCAAAUUGCCUGUUAUUCCACAGCGCUUAUUAUAGUUCAGAAAUUGUUAUGCAGCAUACUCAACAAUAGGAACCCAAUUGUUGUAAAUGAUAGUGAAGAACUGGUUAGCAAUGUGAUCAGCAUUGAGUGUAUAGACCCCAAGCUAAAAAUUCUGUUUCCUGUCAAGAUUACUGUACCAUUCAGCGCACACUUCCAGGGCAAUUAUUGAGAACAUGGUAAAAGAUCUGAUUCCACAUGAUAUUCAAGUUUUAUGAGUCCUAUCUCCUCAGACAUGAUGUACAAUGGACACAAUAAGGGAUCAUGUGCAGAGGUUACGAUACAUAAACUUGGUAUCCUUUCAGUUGUGUCCUGUUUAAGAAAAGAGAUGUUUACCAUACCUAGAAAAAGUUUACCCUUAAAAUUGAGCAUGGAUUCAAGAAAUACACUGAACUAUCUUGCUGACUCAUUCAGCACCCUUAUGACUGUUCAAUCAAAGGCUCAACAAAUUGAUUCAGCACUGUUGUCUGGACUAAAACCAAGACAAGAUAUAUAUCAUCCUAUAAUCAUUACAAGCCCCCCUACUCACAUUAAACAUCUGUCAACCCUACAAUUUAUAGUCCUUUGUUUAUCAUCUUCAGUGGAUAAUAGUUACUUGAUUCCUUUUAUACAUGAACUGGAAGAAGCAAUUUGAUUUACCACAGUUAAUGUUAUUAUGUACCAGAAAAGGGAACCUUUCCACCACAAUGUAGUCCAGAUGGUGCCUUCCAGAGAUUUACAAUGUUAUGAGCAAGGUAUGACACAAGGAUAUCCAUUAAUAUUCCACUCUCAGCAGAAAACCAGGCUGGGGAAGCUUGAUCUGACUGUAGUAGUAGUUGAAGAGUUUGGCAAUUACCUCUCUCCUCACUCUAAGAGGAUGGCAAUAGUAUGCAAGAUGAAUAAAGCAAUCCUGUACGCAAAGUGGCAUUAA